AUGACGCGCCCUAUCCGUAGGAAUGCCCUCGAGAAGCUCGCAAAGCUGUCUGCGCAGGCCCCGCCCUCCGCAGGCCCCGACCACGACCUCCAGAGGCUGUACAAACGAUGUCCGAGCGGCUCGCUGGCGCAGAAUGGCACCUCUGGGGAGAACGGUGCGCCCACCGCGAAUGUGACCAACGUUUACAUGAAACUCCCAGAGCUCGAGGCCUUACUCGCCCUCUGCAGAGCCGCCCCCUUCGUAGAAUCCCCCGCCAUCGCAGACGAGCUACUGAAGCGCCUGGCACCAUACUUGCCCGAGUCCUUCGCCCAAAGAUUGGCACCUUCUCCCCAGUUACGCGACAUUGACCCUUCACCCUACGAGGUCCUUACCCAGCAUCUCACCUCCGCCAUCCUCGCAUUGGGGGCCCGGCACGACCGUUUGCGACCACGCGUUCUCGACAUCGUCACCCGGUAUGUGAAGGGUUGGUCAGCCGCUGCUGUUCAGUCAUCAUCAGAACAAUUCGACCACGAUGAUCAGGUCGACUUUGCAGCCGACGGCGAGCUCGGACGUGUCAUGACGCAGAGCAUGUCACUCUUGGGGUUCUUGAACGCAGCUGCCAAAUAUUCCACUUUCUGGAGCGCAUAUGACCAGCUGCAACUCGUUGAAAAUGUCCAAAUGGCACUGUCCGAAAAGUUUUUGAUCGCUUUUGAGACGGCUCUGUCAAUCGUGAGAAAUGCGCGUUCUCAUCAGCACGGUCUGAGAUACUGGAAACAGUUCGCAAAGCACUAUGCCGCCAUUGGACGACCGUUGGGCGCCAUGGUUCUCCAUGAUUCUUUCCUCAAGGUCAUUGUCGCAUGUGCUUCAGGACUCAUCCAGGUGCCACAUCACGAGCCUGACACCGAUGUAUUAGAUGGGCUUCAAAUUCCGCAUAACAGUAGCAACGUAUUGCGGGAUGCUACAACUGAUGCUCUUGCUGAAGGGCUAACGCGCAUUGCUGUCGAGGAAAUGGAUCGUUUGGACAACGAUCUUGACUAUCUACAACGUGUCGGAUCUGCCUGGCAACAACGUCAAGCUUCUGGGGUUAAGGCGAAGGUUAUCACGACGUGCGUGUGCUGUGCAGUCUACGAUGAGGACAUUGCCGACUCUGACCUACUUCUGUCAUGGCUCGAUAACGCUUUGAACGACCCCGUCCAAGCCGCAGAUCUUAAUCUGGCGUCGACAGUACUCAAGUCCAUGGCUGUGCUGGCCAAGCUCUCGCCAGUCAUUGCAGCGGGGCUCGGACGCUCUCUGCCGCGUGUCAUCGUUCAGGGCGGUUUCGAUCAGGAGACUGCAUCGAUAGCUGCUGAGUCACUUGCCUCCGUUCUUAGUCUCCUCCCACAAGACGCAGUCAUCACAACCUUGUAUAGCCUUGGGAACGUAAUUAGUACCGGCCCAGUUGGUGACCGUAAUUCCACCGCCACGACUUUGACGAAUGGCAACGGGAAGACCUCGCGGGCUACUGGUCUGUACAGCCAUCAGCACGAGGGUAGCGCCAUUUCGUUGACACCGAGUGACACCGAGGCGCCGAAUCACGUACAUAUGACCGUGAUAGAAACGAUCGUUUCCGUAGCAAGGAAAAGCAAGGAUGAGAAAAUUACUGCACUAGCUCUAUCCAUGCUUGUGCAAAAAGUGGGAUGGAUCAGUAAGGUAGUGGAUGCCAAAAUUGUCACUAAUUCUGCGCUUCUUGGAACGCAUAGCGGUCCUGGAGAGUUUCGGUCACUUCUUAAGCUCUACUCCAAACUAUGCCAUGAUGCUUUACUCAAAGAUGAUCGGUUUACUCUCGAAGCGAUCAAACAUGCACGACUCCACAUUUCUCGAGAAAUUGACGCCCAGUCGGAUGCUUUCGAGCUGUAUCUGACGCACCUGCUCGACACUAUCGUAAGCAAAGGUGAUUCGCCGGAAACACAUCAUCGUCAGGUCCGAGAUACAGAGCUGGCUGCGCAGGAGAUUGCUCAACUACUUCCGCCUUUGGCUCUGUUGCUCUCGCGAAAUGCUGGGCGUACAGACCCAUCACAAUUGGAUGACCAUGUUCUCAGUCUACAGAGAGAUGCUUGGUUCAACAUCGUGAUACAUGGCUUCGACCUCACGUCCAGUCUCUCUCAAGAACAUGUGGAUGAGCUCAGAACGCUAGCACGUUUCAGUCGAUCCUUGAUUACGGAGGAACGAGCCUCCCUCGCUGAAAGUGACAUUGAAUUGAACACUGUCUUGCGACGAGGCAAAUCUCCUGAACAUGUCGUCGAGCAGAAGAAACGUCUCGCGAAGUUGUUGCCGACAUGUGAGGCAGAUGUCAGAUCUUUGAGUUAUUCGGAAGCUGUUUUCUUGAACACCGCCUACCUGGUUGAAGAUCUACGAGCCAGUGCCGGUGACUGCACAAAAGCGCUCGCUUAUUUUCUCGACCCGAAACUGCGUAGCGGAGGCGUAGGCAACUGUAUGCUCGCUAUCGCGGCCGCUGCCACCCGAACGUAUGUGGCAAAAACGCUCUCCGGAAAGCUACACUCGUUCUCGACGCCAUACUUGGCACAGCAACUUUCGACCAUAUUCUCUGGGUGCUGUCAUCGAAUUGCAAGAGUCCAACAGGCGGCUUUCACAUGCGCAGACAUCAUCAUCCGAGAUGUGCCUUCUACACUUUGUCAGAAGAGCGCCUUGUUCGCUCUGUUAGAGCUCCUGUCGAUCAUGUGGUCCAGCUGCUUGGAAGGCGAAACCGACGAGUACGGGUGGACGUCCACUUUUGCGUCGGAGAAAUCCAACAUUGUUGUAGAGCUUUCAGAUGAUUACAAUUUUCGAAGAGAGACUUUGAACAGCCUUCACAAGCGGGCUGUGGCAUGGGUCAAAGGAGUUCUGGACAUUGCUCCACUUGACAUUAAAGGACUACUUCAGACCUACCUGUCUGAGUAUGACGACGAAGGCGCUUAUGGUCACAUCUCACUUGGUCGCUCUUUUGCGUUAGAGAUGGGCUCGGUGAUACCCACUACCGACCAACGUUUAGGUGCUAUCGAGCGACAAGGCAUAAACAUCAACACUGCAUCGGACUUCAUCGCGCAAUACACCACACGGCAGGAGUAUAAAUUCGUUGACGGUCAAAACGAGCAAGAUGAUGAAUGGCUACGACUCGAUGGAGCUAGCCACACGCAAUCUGCCUUUCGCCGUAGGAUCGACGAUGCUACCAGCUUACUCGUGGACCUCGAAAGUCGGACUUUGAAUAACAAUCACGUCACCAUCGCUGAACUUCGAGAUAUUCUUCGACGAGCCUCUGCACUUCUUUGUCGCGUUAAGUCAGACCAAGCUCCUGUUGUACAUCAUCUAGUUGGCAUUCCCUUCGCUGUCUUCACCAAGCAGUCGAUAAAGCUUGGUAUAUCUCUCUGGAUGAGUGUAAUCAAGGAAAACCCGCGAAUGGAGUCCCGCAUCCUCAUUUCUAUUGCAGAAUGUUGGGAAAACACUGUCAAUAAGCAAAAGGGCAUCUUCAGUCGGUCUUUAAAGCAUCCCGACCCCUUCUACGGUAAACAGGAGUUUGCUCCAACAGAUAAGCCAUAUCUCGCGAAACGACAACAACAUAUAUACAACGUCAUUGCUCCUCACUAUCGGCUUCUGCAAUUCCUUUCCAGCCAUUUCAAUGCUGCACGUCUCGGCAAUCCAGACAUAGAACUGGUUUACAGCAGACUGAUGCACGUCACACUCGAUGCACUCAGCUCCGGAUGUGCCCAACCGCUUGCGAGGGAAGCAUACUUUCAUGUAGUUCUCCUUGGUCUACGCAUUGUACGCCAUUGCACAACGCUCUCUUCUGCCAUAAAAUGGCGUUUGAAGGACCGCAUUUUGAGCGCAGGAUUAGCAUGGUUCGCGAAAGCACCAGAGUGGUCAUUCGGCGGCAAUCGCCUUCAGAUCAAGGCUGAGACACACGUUCUGGCUGAUGUUCAAGCUUACCUAGAAGUUGUCGGAAGAACUGACGCCAUCACCGAAGGUUCUCUGAAGUCGUUGAAAGCCAAGCAAGAUUUGCUGUCGCUUUUGAUUUCCAAUGAGCAGACUCGACUGAUGGUGUGGCUAUUCCCACUCGAUUACGGGAAGAAGCACCACUUCACUUCCGGUCAGCACAGCAAAACACUCGCAGAGGCUGCCGUCGCGUCGCAUCUCAGAACAGCGUGGGAUGAGAAUCCUUCUAUUGCUGUACAUCUUCCCAAACGCUUCCAAAACCAGCGCUUGGUCGCCGAAGUGCGUUUCCAAGUUCUCAACUUCCCUGAGCGAGUCCUCGGCGAGCCUGAUGCCAUCGAAAUUCUCCUAGGCAGACAAUUGCCGAACGAUGUCACCUUCCAACUCAAAUACCUCAUGUAUUGGGCAUCCCUAAACCCCAUCAGUGCAGUCACGUACUUUCUUCCGGCAUACGGCAAUCAUCCUUUCAUCAUUCAAUAUGCCAUGAGGGCACUUGAAAGCCACUCCGUCGAUGUUACGUUUUUCUACGUCUCACAGAUCGUACAGACACUCCGUUACGAUGUUCUUGGCUACGUUGAAAGAUAUAUCGUUGAAACGGCAAAGUUUUCCCAACUGUUCGCUCAUCAGAUCAUCUGGAACAUCAAGGCAAAUGCGUACAAAGACGAACAGUCUCUAAUACCUGAUCCUGUGAAACCCACCCUCGACAAAGUCAUGGCUAGUCUGGAGUCCAGCUUCAGCGAUGCUGACCGAAUUUUUUAUGAGAGAGAGUUUGAAUUCUUUGGCAAAGUCACCGGAAUUUCGGGCACGCUACGGACAAUCUUGGACAGACCCAAGGAGGAGAAGAAACAGAUGAUCGAGGAAGAGCUACGCAAGAUACAGGUCGAUGUUGGUGUCUAUUUGCCCAGUAAUCCAGACGGUGUUGUGGUCGGCAUCGACCGUAAAUCCGGAAAGCCUUUGCAAUCCCAUGCAAAGACACCUUUCAUGGCCACCUUCCGCAUUCGCAAGACUAAGGUAGAUGCAUUGGAAGGAGAAAACGGCGACGGGCUCGUCAGCAGCGCGUCCUCCUCCAAACAAAACUCCUACGAGGUCUGGCAGUCGGCUAUCUUCAAGGUCGGCGACGACUGCAGACAAGACGUUCUAGCGCUCCAGAUGAUUGCCGCUUUCCGUGGUAUCUUCAACAAUGUCGGCCUCGACGUCUGGGUCUUCCCCUACCGUGUCACUGCCACAGCGCCCGGCUGCGGAGUGAUCGAUGUGCUUCCCAACUCCAUCUCGCGCGAUAUGCUCGGUCGCGAAGCUGUCAACCGUCUUGACGAUUAUUUUGUUAGCAAAUAUGGCAACGAAGACUCGAUCCGCUUCCAGGAAGCGCGUAGUAACUUCGUAAAGAGCAUGGCUGCCUACAGCGUCAUCUCCUUCUUGCUGCAAUUCAAAGAUCGCCACAACGGCAACAUUAUGAUCGAUGACGCCGGUCACAUCAUUCACAUUGACUUCGGCUUCUGCUUCGACAUCGCGCCGGGCGGCGUCAAGUUCGAGCGCGCGCCAUUCAAACUGACUGGCGAGAUGAUUGCCGUCAUGGGCGGCAGCCAGACGUCGCAACCGUUCCGUUGGUUUGAGGAGCUCACCGUCAAGGCUUUCUUGGCGAGCCGGCAGCACUGCGACCACUUGUGCCAGAUUGUAGAGGUAAUGCUGGACAGCGGAUUACCGUGCUUUGUUCCGCAGACGAUCCAGCAUUUUAGAGAGCGGUUCGUGCUGGAGAAGAGCGAGAGGGAGGCGGCGGACUAUAUGCGUGAGCUGAUUCGGCGGAGCGCGAGCAGCAAGAGUACAGGUGUGUACGACCAGUUCCAAUUAGUCACCAACGGGAUUCCCUUUUAG